CUGCAGACCAGGUCCCUUUGAUUGAGGAUUUGGAGCAAAUAUUCAUGCGCUCCUGGCGGGAAUCACACCUGUCUGAAAUCCGUCAGUACCAGCAGGCUGUUCCCCAGGCCUUUCCCCAGGUGCCCAGCCAGAUCACCCCGGUGACUUCAGCCCAGCUGCCCUGGCUGGCAGGGCUGGCAGCCAGCUCAUGUAAUGACAGCGUCCACAUCAUUGAGUGCAGCUACUCCCUGGCAGAAGGGCUUUCAGAAAUGUUUAAGCUACUCAUUGAAGGGAAAUUAAUUAAGACAAACUAUGUGGUGAUCAUAUGUGCCAGUAGAAACCGAGCCAUUGAUUCCUGCAUUGUGAUAACAGGAAAGUAUCAGGCAAGAGUUCUGUCUGAGAGCAUGCUCAGUCCUUCAGACUACCAAAAAGAAGUUAACUAUCAGCUGGUUACAGGGAAGGUGGAAACUCUGGGGUCCUUCUUUACCACACUCUGCCCAG